AUGAAGCCUACCAUGUCCCUCACACUCAUCUUUCUCGUGGUCGCUUUGGCCGCACCCAUCUUAGCUCGUCCAGAUGGCCAUGUCAAGGACUCUGCCGGCCGUAUACUUCGUCCUGGUCAAACCUACCACAUCGUACCUGCGACAGGAGGAGGUCUUUUCUCGAACAGUGAAGAGAUCUGUCCUCUCGACAUCCUUCAGUCAAAGAAUCCGCUUGACCUCGGCUUACCAAUCAAACUUAACUCUGAGUUAUGGUUUGUUAAGGAAUUUAGUGAUGUUACCAUCGAGUUCGAGGCUCCUAACUGGUUCUUAUGCCCGGAAGAAUCCAAGGGGUGGAGAGUCGUAUACUCGGAAGAAUUCAAUAAGAGUCUUGUCAUAAGCACUGGUGGCUCAUCUAACCCAAGUAGGUUCCAAAUCCAUCAAGUCGAAGGAGGUGCUUACAAGAUUGUGUACUGUACUAACAUGUCUCCUACUACGUGCACGAACGUUGGCAUUUUCACCGAUCUCUCUGGUGUAGGACGCUUGGUCCUGACCAACGACGAGUCUCUGCUAGUUAAGUUCCAGAAGGCUCAUGAUGAACCAGCAAAACAUGAUUUGAAAACUAAGCUGAGGAUGUUCCCUUCCUACUAA